UGGACCAUGAGUCUGAGAGACGACCACACCCUUUUUCUUAAUCUCGUACACGUCUGGCAGAGAUCUGGUACCAUCGGUAUAUAAACCGAAAUGGUAUGGUACCGUGUAUCAGUUAAUUCGACAAUUAGCUUGCAUUAAGAUGGCUUUCAAGUUCGUAGCUUUCGCCGCCUUCGUCGCUGUUGCCCGCGCUGGCAACAUUGGCUAUGCCGCCGCCCCUUUGGCUUACGCUGCCGCCCCAGCUGUGGCCUAUGCCGCCCCCGUAGCUAAGUACGCUGCUCCCGUAGCAUACGCCGCCCCUGUAGCCAAAACCAUCGUUGCCGAAGCCGAAGCACCAGCCCACUACGACUACGGAUACUCAGUGAGCGACCCCCACACCGGAGACCAGAAAUCCCAACAAGAAACCAGACGUGGUGACGUUGUACAAGGCAGCUACUCCCUUGUCGAUGCCGACGGUACCAAGAGAACCGUAGAAUACACCGCCGACCCCCACAACGGAUUCAACGCCGUAGUACACAAAGAACCCGCCGCAUACGUAGCUAAAGUAGCCGCCCCAGUAGCUUACGCUGCCGCCCCAGCUCCAGUUGUAGCUAAAGUAGCUGCCCCAGUAGCCUACUCCGCUCCCGUAGCUUACUCUGCUCCAGCCCCAGUAGCCUACGCUGCCCACGCUCCAGUCGUAGCUAAAGUAGCCGCUCCUUUGGCUUACUCAGCUCCAGUAGCUUACUCCGCUCCAGCUUACGCUGCUCACGCUCCAGUCGUAGCUAAGGUAGCUUACUCGUCUCCUUUGGCCUACUCCGCCCCAGCUUACUACCACCACUCAAUACUGUUAAACAUGGCAUUCAGGUUCGUAGUCAUCGCUGCUUUCGUAGCCGUAGCCAACGCAGGCUACAUCCCAGCCCAAACCGUAGCUGUAGCUUCCCCUGUAGCUUACUCCACCCCAGUACUUAAAACCGUAGUACCAGAACCCGAAGCACCUGCCCACUACGACUUUGGAUACACCGUAAGCGACCCCCACACCGGAGACCAGAAAUCCCAACACGAGACCAGACGUGGCGAUGCUGUCCAAGGUAGCUAUUCUUUGGUCGAUGCUGACGGUACCAAGAGAAUCGUAGACUAUUCUGCCGAUGCCCACCACGGUUUCAACGCUGUCGUACGUAAAGAAGUACCUGCCGUUGUUGCCAAAGUCGCUGCCCCUGUAGUAUACGCCACUCCAGCCCCUGUAGUAGCUAAAGUAGCUGCUCCAGUCGUGUACUCUGCUCCAGCACCAGUUGCAGCUAAGGUAGCUGCUCCAGUAGUGUACUCUGCUCCAGCACCAGUUGUAGCCAAAGUAGCUGCUCCAGUAGUCUACUCAGCUCCAGCUUCUUACUCUUACGCCGCUCCAGCUUCGGUUGUAGCUAAAGUAGCUGCCCCAGUAGCUUACUCUGCUCCAGUCAGCUACACCGUUGCCGGUCCAGCCUACUCUGUUCCUUCUUACUACCAUUAAAUAUUUUUUAGAGAAUAUUUAUGUAAAUAGUAUU